UUUCCACUGGGCCUGGGAGAUGGGCAAUUCUAUUCAUGGACAGAUGGUUUGAGAAGAAAGGACUGGCAUGACUAUGAAAGCAUUCAGAAAGAGGCUAUGCGCUCAGGGAAAGGUGAACAUGGGAAACCUUACCCCCUUACUGAAGAGGAACAUGACGACUCAGCUUACAGGGAAAAUGGUUUCAAUAUUUUCGUCAGCAACAAUAUUGCUCUAGAGAGAUCUCUGCCAGAUAUCCGUCAUGCUAACUGUAAGCACAAGAUGUACCUGGAAAGGCUGCCAAACACCAGCAUCAUUAUCCCAUUUCAUAAUGAAGGUUGGACUUCGCUCCUGCGGACCAUCCACAGUAUAAUUAACCGAACCCCAGAGAGUCUGAUAGCAGAAAUCAUUCUAGUAGAUGACUUCAGUGACAGAGACUCAGAACAUAAGUCCUCUGUCUAUAAAAACAUGAAUGCGAAGGUCUGCAG